AUGUAUAAGUUAUCUGCGUCGUCAUAUCCAAGUUAUCUACGAUUACUUUUCUCAGUUAUUAUUCCUAAAGUUGUAACAACAACAAUCACAAACCAAAACAAAGUGAAAAAACAAGAAGUGGAAACGGAUCCGGAAACUUGCUCUGGUCACCGCCGGAAAACGCUCCGGCUACCAAUCGCCGACCAUACGCUCAACACCCACCACAACUCUCCGACGUCUCCGGGUCAGCCGCAACAACCACCAUCAGUUGUAAUCGCGUUCGACAACCACCACACGUCCGCGACUCUCCUCCGAUCCUUACGCAACAACCACCGCGACCUCUUCUUUCCCCCAUCGCCGACCGCCGGAAACCGCUCCGGCGACAACUUCCAACACCACCAUCUUCAUGUAAAAGGUGAGUCUUUCCUUUACUUUUCAUCUGUGAUAUGUUUGUUUUGGUUUUGGUUGUAA